GAAUUAAGCAACGAAUGGAUACUGGGAACGAAGGCUCCGUGGUUGGAGUAGCACCGAUAGAGGUGGCGAUCGCAACCAAGGAGUCUGUGACGGAGUAUGUGAAGAAUGCGGGUUUAGCCUUACUGGGUACCUCAAGCAAAGAUGCUCAGUUGGAGAUAGUACUGGAGGAAUCUGAUGCCCUUGUAAAAUUCAUUACCGAUCCGCAGACACACGUUCUCGUUGUUGAUAGGACGAUCCACCGAGAUCAGUCGGGAGAUGCUGACACAGGGGAUGAGAGUGAGACAGCUCUGGCAGUCUUUACGGUACGCAAUGAUGUUCUUUAUAGAACGGAUCGAAGUACAUCGAUUGUAUUUAUAAAGAAAGGUGGAAUCAUCGAAGCUGAUAAAUUAAUUCCAGACCAGCUAAGAGUGAUGGUACUUAGUGAGGGCAAUCCUUGCGAAACUUUAUGUGCACUCAUUGGGAGAGCAGUUACACCUUAUUUCAAAUCCUUCAUAAAGGAAAGUGGUCGUGGCGAACGAGAUGGCGACAAACUGGCUCCUAUUGUUGAGAAAAACCUCAAUGAGGCUGAGGUUGCAUUGCUUCAUCUGCAACAGAACAUUGAUAUACCCGAAAUAAACCUCAUCAUCAAUCCGCACAUUCAAGCUGCAAUCCAGAAAUCUAGCAAAGAAGGCAGGAAAGCAAAGGUAACUGAUUUGGGCGAUUUGGUGGAAGAUGCCCAAUUUUUAAAUAGUUUGCAGUCAGGAGUGAAUCGGUGGAUCAAAGAGAUAAGAAAGGUGACGAAGCUGGAGCGAGAUCCAGGUUCCGGCUCAUCAUUGCAGGAAAUGGCUUUUUGGCUGAACUUGGAACGCGCCCUACAAAAAAUUCUUCAGAAAAGGGAAUCGGAGGAGGUUAUGUUAACACUAGAAGCACUGAAGUGUGGGAAAAGAUUUCAUGCUACCGUAUCCCUCGAUACCGACACAGAUUUUCCUCUGAACGAACUAGUCUCAGCAACUGAUUUGGAUUCGAUCAAAAUCGCUCUUGGAAAUGUUUUUGGACAUAUGAAGAAGAUCAGAGCGACUAAAUAUCCUAUCCAACGCGCACUUCGACUGAUCGAAGCCAUUUCACGAGAUACGAAUGCCCAGAUUUUGAAGGUGCUUGGCACACGUCGGCUAAUGCACAUAUCAAUCGUCGAGUUCGACCACCUCAUUAUGCAGUGUACCCAGCUGUUUACGAAAUGGGAUGACGAAUAUGACAAAUUUAUCACCCUGCUUCGCGAUAUUUCUAAAAAAAAACGCGAUGAACCGGUGAAGUUAAUGUGGAAAGUGAUGCCAGUGCACAAGAAGCUGGAAGGACGGCUCGUUCAAAUUAAGGCCUUUAGAAAGCAGCAUGAACAACUUCGCGUAGUAAUCGCUCGUGUACUGCGUCCUGUAGGAACACCAUCCAGUGAUGCGCAACCGGAUACUCAGUCUCACGGAGGUGAACCUACACCUGUGGAUCAAGUUAACCUUGCUUAUGAAUUUGUGAAAGAAGUUGACUGUCUUGAUGUGAGCGUAGAAGGAACUGCUGCUUGGGAUGCCUCCCAGCGCAGAUAUGAAGAGCAAAUUGCUAGAGUAGAAACUGCAAUCACAUCCAGGCUUAGGGAUCAGCUUGGUUCGGCUCGAAAUGCGAAUGAAAUGUUCAGUAUAUUUAGUCGCUUUAACGCUUUGUUUUGUCGUCCACAAAUACUUGGAGCGGUUCGCGAAUACCAAACUCAGCUAAUUCAAAGGGUGAAAGAGGACAUAGAGAGGCUGCAGGCAAAAUUCACAAAGCACUAUGCAGAAAAGCGCGGUGAAAUUCUAACACCAACGAUUGACAUCCCACCACUUUCUGCUAACAUAAUUUGGAUUCGUCAAAUUGAACGUCAGCUCUCACUGUACAUGCAGAGAGUGGCAUCGGUGCUGGGAAUGGGAUGGGAAAAUCAUGUUGAAGCACGUCAAUUGAAAACCGAGGCAGAUAAUUUCCGGAAAGUACUUGAUACUCAGGGGCUGUUUGAAAACUGGGUGGAACAGAUUUUGGCUAAAGGAACGAGUACACCUGGCCGUGUUUUUGUAAUCGAUCGUCGUUCCAAGGACGGGAAGCCUCACCUGCAUCUCAAAGUCAACUUUAGUCCUGAAAGUAUUGUGUUACAUAAGGAGGUACGAAACUUGAAGAACAUGGGAUUUCGUAUUCCGCUUAAAGUCGUCAACGCUGCUCACCAGGCCAAUCAAAUCUAUCCAUUUGCCAUCAGUCUCUUGGAGUCUACUCGGACGUAUGAAUCCAUUAAUGAACGAUUGUCGGCAAAAACUGGUAUAGAUACGCUAAUCGCUAGCUAUAAGAAAGAUAUACAAUCCCAAAUAGCUGAAGGAUAUCAGCUCACUUGGGAAUCAUAUAAAAUCGACCCAUACGUUGCCAAGCUUGCCGAUACUGUGAAUAAUUAUCAGGAACGUGUAGAAGAGUUGAUUUUAAUCGCAGACAAUAUCGAAGUUUAUCUUGCUGCGUUGGAUACAUGUCAGUAUAAUGCUGUCACUAUUGGUGCUCAGCUAGCGUCAAUCCAGAAAUCCGUAGAUCAGUUAGCACUAGGGAAUUAUUCAAACUUGACUCAGUGGGUGGACAAACUUGACAAGAAGAUAGAAGCGAAACUCGCUGCUCGUGUCGAAGAAGCCAUUCGUCUCUGGACGUUAGUGUUUUCGGGUAGUGAAGAAGUGGAUGAGUACAGGGAGAGCAAUGUCACACUACCUCCAGUUCAUCCUGUCCUUAUCGAGAUUCGCCUUACCGCUCAAACUAUCUACAUUAGUCCAUCAAUAGAGCAAGCUAGAGCGAAGUUAUUAGAACAGCUGGUGGAGUGGCAUGCAGUUGUUACUAGCCAACCGCGUAUUAGUAGCACCCGUUUUCAGUUAGCAAUGAAUCGCGAUAUGGAUGUUGCCACGUACAAAAAUGUACUGAGUUGUCUUCCUAAUGGCUUAGGAGUGCUUGAAAAUGCUUACAUCACUGUGGAUCGAAUUUUGAAGGAGGUGGAUGAUUAUGUCAACGAAUGGUUACGAUACCAAGCCUUGUGGGAUCUUCAAGCAGAAAUGCUCUAUGAAAGAUUGGGCACUGAUCUCUCUAAGUGGAUGAAAACUCUAAUAGAAAUCAGAAAAAGCCGUAGUACUUUCGACACUCAGGAUACCAAGAAGGAAAUAUUUCCUGUCAUCGUUGACUAUGCUAAAGUCCAAUUAAAAGUCACUCUUAAAUAUGAUUAUUGGCACAAGGAAGUUCUUCAGAAAUUUGGCACCGCCGUCGGAAACGAAAUGCAGCAAUUCUUUGGGAAUAUUUCCAAGUGGAGAGAAGAGUUAGAGUCACAAGGUGUUGACUCAGGCACAACAACAGACGCUGUAGCAUUAAUUACAUAUGUGCAGACUUUAAAAAAACAGACUAAGAUUGGACAGGAGACGGCAAGUUAA